AUGGCUGAUACAAAUGAAUUGGCUACUUUGAUUAAGAAAUUCCGAUUCACUCGCGUCUUAGACUCUAACCCACAAACAAAGGUCCUUUCCUUGCUAGGUACUAUUGACUCUCAAGAUGCUAUCGUUACCGCGGAAAAGACCCAUUUCAUCUUCGAUGAAACUGUUAGAAGACCUUCUCAAGAUGUUACAAAUCCAUUACCAAUCUUUUAUCACUGCGAAAAUGAAUAUUCAUGUAUAAAUGGUCUUGAAGAAUUAAAAGAAUUGACUUCAAAUGAUAUUUACUAUUGGGGGCUUUCUGUAAUAAAACAGGAUUUGAAAUAUAAUCCUACAGCUAAAUUGAAUUUGAUUUGGCCUGCGACUGCCGUUCAUAUUAAAAAUAAUGAACAACAAAAUUUCCAUCUAAUUAGAGAAACUCCUGAAAUUUAUAAAAAAGUUGUAGAACCUUACAUUAAUGAAAUGGUUAAUGCGGGUAAUUUGAAAUGGGUUAAUAAUAUCUUAUAUGAAGAUGCGGAAUCUGAACGUGUCGUCUAUAAAGAUUAUUCUGCUGAUAACAAAAAGGAAAGUUUUAUCCUUUUACCCGAUAUGAAAUGGGAUGGCCUAAGUAUUGAUUCAUUAUAUUUAGUGGCAAUUGUCUAUAGAGAUGACAUUAAAUCUGUAAGAGACCUCAAACCAACCGAUAAAGAAUGGUUAACUAAUUUAAACAAUAAGAUUAAAUCAGUGGUCCCUGGUUGUUAUAAUUAUGCUAUUAAUCCGGAUGAAUUAAGAAUCUUUGUUCAUUACCAACCGUCAUAUUAUCAUUUCCACAUUCAUGUCGUAAAUAUCAAACAUCCAGGGUUAGGUAAUGGAAUUGCUGCAGGUAAGGCAAUCCUAUUAGAUGAUAUCAUUGAAUCUUUAAAUUAUUUGGGUCCCGAAGGAUUCAUGAAGAAAACAAUGACAUAUGUCCUCGGAGAAAAUCACGAUUUAUGGAAAAGAGGUCUUGAAGAGGAAUUGUCAAAGCAACUAAAGAAUGAUGGAAUCCCGGAACCUCCUAAAAUCGUUGAUGGUUUCGCAUUAAAUCACUAA